GCCUGCGCGAGCCGCCCGCAGCUAUGGCGGACGAGGAGCUGGAGGCGCUGCGGCAGCAGCGCCUCGCCGAGCUGCAGGCCAAGCACGGGGAUCCUUCUGGUGAUCCAUCGCAACAAGAAGCAAAACAGAGGGAAGCAGAGAUAAGAAAUACGAUUUUAGCUCAAGUCCUAGAUCAAGCAGCUCGUGCAAGAUUAAGCAAUUUGGCACUUGUGAAACCAGAUAAAGCAAAAGCAGUGGAGAAUUAUCUUAUACAGAUGGCAAGAUUUGGACAACUACCUGGAAAGGUGUCAGAACAGGGUUUGAUAGAAAUACUUGAAAAAGUGAGUCAGCAAACAGAAAAGAAAACAACGGUAAAGUUCAACAGAAGAAAAGUAUUGGAUUCUGAUGAAGAGGAGGAUUAUUAAAUACACUGUAGGACUGUCUGCCAAACAACUUGCCUGAAAAAAAGGCAUUAUACUGUAUCAGGCAGAAUGAAAGAUCUGAAAAUGUUUACGUUUCUUUACUUUUUUUUUUAUAUACAUAAAGGCCAACAAGUGAAUGUGUCUUGAAAAAUAGAUCUGAGAAGGGGAUUUUAUAAUUUACACUGCAAAAAUUUAAGAGCCCUGAGCAGUGUGGAGUUCCCCACUGCUUCCUUAUCAUGAACAUUUUGUUGCCCCUUACUCAGUGUGUAAGCUAUGCUUUCAGCACUUGCACACCCUUAACUUUCUGUUAUUGGAGAUAGAGAUACCAUAAGAUCAGGAGCCAAAGUACAAAGUUGGGAACAACUAGAAGUUUAAAGACUUACCUCCAAGUAAAAAUCACUGAAGAUCAGUUUUAAGCAAGAUUUUUCUGAGUCCAUGAAGGAAUCCUAUCCAGCAGCUCACUGGUUCUUGAGUCUUUACUGGAAAUCUAGAAAAUAGUGUUUGGUAUCAAAGUACUGACGAGCGGAGUUUGGACCAGAGGAUUUCUUAUCAGGCAGUCUGUGUAAAGAAACUGCAACUAGCAUGUAACUGAACUGUUCCCCCAUGAAAUAAUCAAGUUAUCUCAAAACAAAGCAAGUUAAAGUUUAGUGUGUAAUGCAGCACUGUUCAGACACUUGGUAUCGUAUGUUUUCUAAACUACCUCCAUUUUUAUCAAAUGGCUGGAGUGUUUCUUAUUUUGAGAGAGAAAAAGACAGUUUAGCUAGAUUCUCUAACUCCUGCAUGCAUAAAAUAAAACUGAAUUUGUGCUAUAGCUUUAUUCAAAGAUAUGGUUAUAGAAAUACAUAGGAUAAAUACUGUAACAUUGUGUCAGACAUUCUACCACUAGAAAACACUUUCCUGACAUCACCUGAGAAGCGUGUGAUUCAAAAUGCAAUGUUUUGGGGACAGAAUAAAAUUGCUUAAAAUGA